AUGAUAGAAAGUGACCUUACCUGCAUCAUGUCCGGCCUCCUCCGACACUCUUCGCACGAGUACAGACUCCUGGCCCCCAACUGCUCCCAGCUGAGCGAGGAUGAGCUGCCUGGCGACUUACAGUCCCUGUCGUGGCUGACGUCCGUUGACGUCCCUCGGCUGCAACAGAUGGCCAGUGAAAGGAUGGACUUUGGCGCCAGCUCCCAGAACGCCGUCCUGCCACAGAACGCGAUCUCCAUGCCGGGGAGCAUGCACGUGCCUGGGGCUCCGGGCCCCAUGAUCCACAUCCAGGCCAGCCUGCCGCAGAGCGUCCUGGGGCUGAACACGGUGUCAUCGCACGGAGCAAACGUGAGCCAGUACGUGGUGGGGCAGACGCUGUCCCCUGGCCUGCAGCCGCAGCAGGCCCCGCUCUUCCCUCCGCCCCCCCGCCACGCACAGCAGGUGUUUGCCAUCACGCACAACGCGCAACAGUGCUCGCCCGCCGCCAUGUACCGCUCGUCCUACGGGGGCCCGCCGCAGUACGCCCCGCCCCGCCUCGCCCCCCACGCCAGCCAGGAGCUCCAGGCCAAGCAUUACCCGAAGCCCAUCUACUCGUACAGCUGCCUGAUCGCCAUGGCGCUGAAGAACAGCAAAACCGGCAGCCUCCCAGUGAGUGAGAUCUACAGCUUCAUGAAGGAGCACUUCCCCUACUUCAAGACAGCCCCCGACGGGUGGAAGAACUCCGUGCGCCACAACCUGUCCCUGAACAAAUGCUUUGAGAAGGUGGAGAAUAAGUUGAGCGGCACCUCCCGGAAGGGCUGCCUGUGGGCGCUGAACCCUGCCAAGAUCGACAAGAUGGAGGAGGAGAUGAAGAAGUGGAAGAGGAAAGACCUGGUGGCCAUUCACCGGAGCAUGGCGAAUCCAGACGAGCUGGACGAGCUCAUCGCCGGCCGCCCGGAGACCUGCCGGCGGCCCAGCAAGCAGGGCGGUGCGGCUGCGUCCUCGCCAGGCCACGUGGCGGCCGCCCAGGGGCGCGCCCCCCACCUGCAGCCGCCGCUGCCGCCCGUCAUGACGCUCUCCCUGCAGCCCCUGCCGCUGCGCCACCAGGUCCGGGCGCAGGCGCGCAUGGCCCCCAGCUCGCCGGCCCCCGCGCAGACCCCGCCGCUGCACGCCCUGCACGACACGGCCCACGCCCCGCUCCCGCCGCACCCCAUGAGCCGCGGCCCGGACUUCCCGGGCGCGAUGACGGAGGCGAGCGCGGAGGUCGACGCCCUGGACCCCAGCCUCAUGGACUUCGCGCUGCAAGGCAACUUGUGGGAAGAGAUCAAGGACGAGAGCUUCAGUCUGGAGAGCCUGUCGGCCUUCUGCGGCUCCCCCCUCGCGCUCUCCGACUGCGACCUCGCCCCCGCCGGCCUCGGCCCGGCCCCCAGCGCCAAUGGCCACUCCUUCUCCGACUUGCAAGUGACGGGCCUCUACACCACCUACACCACGCUGGACUCCGUCUCACCCACCCAGUACCUCGGCGCCCAGGGCAACAAGCCGAUCGCCCUGCUCUGA